AUUUUUUUCUUUGGCGUUACCAAUUAAUAUUCCAUAACCAUAAGUCGUGCUGUUAAAAUUGUUCCAUUGAUUUUCUUACUGUUAAAUUGUUAAUAUAAGUUUAUCUUUGAAAUAUGCCAAGGGGAAAAUACACCAACCACAAGGGCAGGAAUCGUAGGUUCACUAAUCCUGAGGAAUUAGAAGAACAACGUAAACGGGAAGAAAAGGAAAAAAGAUGGCGUGCUGAGAGAGGGGAAGAGUCAAGCGAGGAGGAGGAAGAGGCAGCUGGAGACAAGAAAAAGCAGUUGGAGAAUGAAGCUAGCAGUGAAAGUGGAUCUGAAAGUGAAUCUGAAAGUGACGAAGAUGUGAAGGCAAAAGGUGUGGAGAAACUGAUUCAGGUAGAAAACCCCAAUAGGGUGCAGAAGAAGGCGAAGAAACUGUCUACUCUCAAUGAGGUAGUCAAUCAAAAUGUGAAAACUGAGCUGUCGAGGAAGGAACGAGAAGAGCUUGAGAAGCAGAGAGCGACAGCGCACUACCAGAAGCUUCAUGCAGAAGGUAAAACAGAGGAAGCAAGGGCAGACCUUGCGCGACUGGCAAUCAUCAAACAACAACGAGCUGAUGCUGCCAAGAGAAGGGAGGAUGAGAAGAAAGCGAAAGAAGCACUACAACAGAAGAAGACGGAGCAGACACAGAAGGCACUUGGAAAGAAGACAACCUGAUAACCAACUUAACCUCUAGAACUCUGCUCGAGUGAGAUUUGGACUCGAUUAUUACAAAACAAGCUCAUCAUUCUCUGCAACUGAGCUCUACUUCUGAUGUGUAUUAUAAUAUUUAUAACUGAUAAAUUGUGAUCUAUUAACAACUAUAGGCUACUAGCAAUAGUUCGCUCCUAGAGUUUGAAAGAUUAUAGUUAUUAAUUAAUUUUUAUUGCGUGGAAUAUUUCUUUUGGUUUAUUAUAAUUUUAAAGCCUAGCGUCUUUUAAUUGGAUUGUUGUAAAAAGUACUUUUUAUUGUACAGAUUAUUUUUAUUUCCCUCUAAUUUGACAUUAGUUUCUUGAAUAUUAACUUUAAUUUAUCUGUUACAAUAUACACACUUGUAUUUUUAGUUCUAUGUAGCGUUAUAGUUGUUUGGAAUUAUUUUUGGAAAAUUAAAUAAAUUUUUUGUAUUUUUGAUUUUAUUAUUGUAGUUAAUUACAAAUAUUUUAUUUGUUUUGGGUAAAAGAAUGAUUUUUUAAAAUUCACAAUGUCCGUAUGUAUCUAAGGAAUUUUCUAGUGAUUUGUAUCUGUUACUUUUGUAAUUUGUAGUUUCUUGAUUAAUUUGUAGUUUUAAAAGUUCUUAAAAAAAACAAGAUUUUUUUCAGUUUGUAGAAAUGGAUUUGGAGGUGAGAUAAACAAUUGUUACCUUAAAUAAUUGUAAUUUGUUGUAGUGUGUAAGUUCCAUUUUUCAUCUCAUAUUAAUUUAGUUCUUUAAUACAUUUUUUUUGUGGUUUUAAAUAAACUAUCUGAAACUGUU